UCACGCAGGAUAUUCUGCCGUGCGUCGCAGUCACGCAGGAUAUUCUGCCGUGCGCCGCAGUCACGCAGGAUACUCUGCCGUGCACCGCAGUCACGCAGGAUAUUCUGCCGUGCGCCGCAGUCACGCAGGAUAUUCUGCCGUGCGCCGCAGUCACGCAGGAUAUUCUGCCGUGCACCGCAGUCACGCAGGAUAUUCUGCCGUGCGCCGCAGUCACGCAGGAUAUUCUGCCGUGCGCCGCAGUCACGCAGGAUAUUCUACCAUGCGCCGCAGUCACGCAGGAUACUCUGCCGUGCACCGCAGUGAAGAAGAUCAGCCUGCCUGCCUCGAGGAGAACAUCCAGAACCUGAAGAUCUCUGGCCGGGAAUAUUCCUUGUCGAGGAUGUUCCUUAAGACAUAUUCCCUCGUCAAUAAGAUUCCUCGUUGA